GCGCCCACGUAUCAUCAGCCGUACCUUCGGCGCUUAAACACAGCGUAGAGCCUUCGGCGCAGCUCUUCAAGUGGCAGGAAGUGCGUCGUACCGGCUUCUUACGUUUUUCGACUCGUGGCUGCAGCUCAAACGCUCCCAUCACACCACUUUCAAGCAUCUAAACCUGUCCAGGUCAUUCCUACGCCUCUGGUCCAUCUAGAAUGACCGACAACUGGCGGCUGGACGUCAAAUUCCAAGGUCGCUCCAUCGACCUGGUGGGUCGACUACCAGCUGAGAAACGCUCGCUGUUGCGGGAAUUCCCGCGUCGCCUGGCGGUCGGAACGAAAGCCAAGCUGUCUGCGAUCCCACAGAAAGGCUUCUUCUGUAAAUUCUUCGCCAAGAACUGCGAGGAGAUGAAAGUAUACAUGAAGAAACACGAGUGCGCACUGUGCGUGCAAUUCGUGGCCUCCACGUUCAACUUUACGCUGUAUCUUCUGGUCCCAGUGGUUCUUAAAGGUCUCAAGUGUCUGCAUCGACUACGGAAAAGCGGAGCGAGUCCGGACUCGCUUAAAUCUUUGUGUACAGAUCGAGAUGGCGUGGUAAUUGGUUUUAUAGUGUCAGAAGUGAACGUGGAGAUGGAGGAGAAGCUGCACAAGCGCAUGAAAGUCAUGGAGGAGCUGGAAUCGACGGCCAAGGCGAUUUCCGACACUUUCGGUGAUCCUAUGCUGGAGUUUGACUUGCUUAUGGACCAGUUGGAUACGAAGCCAUCGGCGAUUCAGGCUUGUUCCAAGUUUAUUGUUCGUCAUCAUCAUUUGCACGUCGCGAUUUGCCAGAAAUUAGCGCAGUCGAUGGACGCCAUGCAGUCGUCGAAAGCGAGAGCGAGUAUUGUUUACGUCGUGCACGAUGUCGUCAAGUCGGUGCGUGCGAAUUACCCGCAAACAGAGCGAAAUGCCAAGAUGCGCGAGUCGGCGUUGGUGUUAUCUCUGGAGAAGAUUUUGUUCCGACUGACGCAAAAACUGCAAGGCGACGCGAAGCAUAAUCCGAAUGUCCGAGCAGUGUUUGAGUUCUGGUCCAAGUGGGGACUGCAGCACGCGGCACCCCUAGAAGACGAGGAUGCGUCAAAAGAUGAUCCUAUUCUAAAGGUUGAUGAAACGCUCGAGAGGUUGGAGCGAGAGGCGUCAGAUGCGUCCUCAUCGCCCAUCAAACCUUCAGCGCCGCCCGAAGUUGUGGCGUUUAUGAAGAAGCACAGCAUUCAGCCGGGUCCGUGGGAAAUUUACCUUGGACGUGCGUCACCGCAGGAGAUGGAGGAGCUGGAUGCAGUCCUCGCCCUUAAUACCAAGUAUUUCGGCUUUAACAACUGGCUGCCGUCCGAGAAAGGCGGUCGACGAGGUGGUGAGAUGUUCUUGCAUCACUACACCAAGUCGAUUAUGCCAUGGCUGCUACACGCUUCGACAUCUUCGAGCGCUGGGAAAAGAAAACGCGCCAAAGGCUCGCUGGCUUUGCUGCGUGACGCCUUCUUGUGCACGUGGGAUCUGGAUCCAACAGCAGCACGUGCGGUGUCUGACAUUGAUCAGUUCUUACUAGACGACAUGUGGAAGAAAAUGGAGCAUGUCAAGUGUCUGAACCCCUCUGCGUUUGUGUUCGGUAAAGUCAGGCGAGUCAAGACGACCCAAUUUGCCAAUAGUCCAGCAACAGACGCGAUCGUCAAGUCAGUCGAGGACGAGUCGAAGGUGAAGACCAGUACACUCGUGGCAGAGCUGACGAAAGUGUUCAAGCUGGACACAAUGGCGCGCGAAAUGGUGGCCAAAGUCAAGUCGAAAUCGGAUCUAUGCUAUAUUGCAAAAGAAAUCUGCCAUCGCUGUCGCCAUCACAUGGUGGCAAAUCCUUCAGUGCACAUGGUCAAGCUGUGCCAGAAGGUCCUUGCAACUAAGAAUCCUAUGAAGGCUUAUUCGUCAGCAAUGAAAAGCAUGAUCUCUCGCCAGAUGAAGAUGUCUUCCAUGUUCGACAGGGAAGCAAAGUACCGAAGGCUGGAGAGCGUUAGCGCUUCUUCAUCUCCUGUCACUGAAAGCGAAGCCUCGAGCUCUCCUCACUCCGAGCUUACAGACGCCGAGCUGGCCGCAGUGAAGCGACGUAUCCCGAAGCCUCCCAUGCUGCUGUUCAAGAAGGUGGACCUGAAAACUAUCACGUACCAAGAGACAAAUGAUAAUGGCACCGUUGGUGUCGCGGCUUCCGGCAUCCCUAAUGCCGGAAGGGGGCUAUUUAACCUGUCGGAUCACGCGUGGCCGGCGUUCUCCGUUGUCUGUAUCUUCGGUGUCCGUCGCAUCACAAAGGAAAUGCACCAUGACGGACUGAACAAAGUCGCGCGAUGUGGCGAGUUGGGCGAGACGUUUGUCGUCGUCAACGGUACAGUGCGAGAUGUCGACAAGUUCCAGACGCAGUAUGGUCAUCGUUUGAUGCCUUUCGACGGUUUGGUGGAUGCGGACGGCUCGGUUGGCGGGUUCCCGAACGACCGAGUGUAUGAAUACCCAGCGGAUGUCUAUUGGGACGCUUCUGGGUUCUACAAUAACUGCAUUCUUGUACCUGGCUGUGUGAUUGAGAACCCUCAAGACACGAAAAGUCCCAUAAUUUUGAAUCAGCUGUACAUCGUCACAUGGAAGGAAGUGGCAGUACGCGAGGAGUUUUUCCUGGCUUACGGCACGUCCUACUACGAGGACGACGAGAAGACCAGCACCACGAGUGAGGGAAGCAGCAACUAGUUUAGCGAAAUAGAAACAGCGAGGCUCAACAGUUAGUCUCGCUACACACCGUAACCUAAGAAGAACCGACCUUAUAG